AUGAGGGUGGUAAGGAAUUAUGUAACACAUUUGGGGAUUCUUAAUGAUAAUGAUGAUGCUAAUGAGCAACCGACCGACCAACCUGAACCCCAACAAAGGCCUCGGAGAUGGAAUGUUAGAGGGAGAAGUGCAAGAGGACAGCCGAUGCAUCCACGCGCACCCAUAGGAGGAUCACAUAUUGGAGAUGAUAUGACAGGGUAUUAUCACUACCCAAUUUACCCUAGGAUGAGUGAGUAUCAAGACCAAGGAGGAGAUGGGGCAGGCACUAGUGGAGCUCGGGAUGAAGAGGAAGAUGAUUGA